CAAAUCAACCCGAGCCGGCAGCGUUCCGGCUCCCGCGGCUGGAAGGCGCGCGGUGCGGCUGCCCGGUGGCCCCCGGCUUCCGCGUCUCAGGCCCGGCCCGGCCCCGGCCUCCGCCCCGCUCUCGCCCCAGCCGCGGCCCGCCGAGCCCGCGGGCAACCGAGCCGCCAGCGACGCCCGCACAGCCGCAGGGGCCCGGACGGGGGGCCAUGCCGUGCCGGAGGGAGGAGGAGGAGGAAGCCGGCGACGAGGCGGAGGGGGAGGACGACGACGACAGCUUCCUCCUGCUGCAACAGUCGGUGACUCUGGGCGGCUCUGCCGACGUGGACCGGCUCAUCGCCCAGAUCGGCGAGACGCUGCAGCUGGACGCGGCGCACGACGGCCCGGCCUCGCCGUGUGCUGCCCCGGGACCCCCGCCCCCGCGGGUCGUGGCUGCGCUGCCGGCGGAUAAGGCCCGGACCCCGGCGAGGCGGCUGCUGCGGCCGGACGCGCCUGCGGAGGCCGGGAACCCGGCGCCCCCGGGAGCCGUGCGCUGCGUGCUGGGGGAGCGCGGGCGCGUGCGGGGCCGGGCGGCUCCCUACUGCGUGGCGGAGCUCCCUGCGGCCGCCAGCGCGUUUCCCGGGCCUGGGCGGCGGGGGUGGCUCCCGGGUGCGGUGGCAUCUCGGCGAAUUCAGCAGCGACGGUGGGCCCCAGGUGGAGCGCAGGCGGUCGACGACGACCCGCACCGGCUCCUGCAGCAGCUCGUGCUCUCGGGAAACCUCAUCAAGGAGGCGGUGCGCAGGCUCCAGCGAGCAGUUGCCGCGGUCGCAGCCACGAGCCCCGCGAGUGCCCCGGGGUCCGUGAGUGGCCGAAGCGGACCAGACUCUGUCACCCUGCAGCCCUCGGGUGCCUGGCUCUGACCCGCGGUCCCGGAAAAGGCCCCCGGGACAGUACGGAGCUGAAGCCGUCGUCCAUCCCGCGGGCUACAGCCCCAAAAUUACCGGCCGCGCGGGGCUGUUAGAGAAAACGGACUCGACUGAGCAGCACCGACAGCCGAGGAUCUGGGAUUUACUGGGAGAACUGUGGCAGCUACUUGAUCGACUUGGACCUGACUUAGCCCAUGGGGGACAUCGCUUAUAUUGGAUUGUUUAUAGAUGUGGCUCGCAGGGGCGGGAAUUGGGAGGGCUUUCUAACAAUACUUGAAAACGAGUAGUAGGUAUACACGGUGUCGUCAGUUUCGGGUGGAGAAGCUUCCUGAAUAUGGUGCUACAAUUGCAGAUCGAAGAGAUUCUGGGGUGAGGAAUGUUAAAACUUGGCAGUUGGGUGGCUUGGCAACACCCACUGUGUGUUAACGUGACGGUGAAGGUGGGUGAUGAGACCCAGUUGGUGAAUUCUCGAAGGUGGGGAGAGUUGAGUUUAAAAGUGUACUUGUAAACGACUUGACCUUGCCAACUUUGACUCAAGGUCAGGUUAGUUGUGAGUGGGGUGUUGUGGGAUCCUUGGGAGAGCUGACCGCGGUGUCUUACCUGCCUGCUUUGCCACCGCUUGGAGUCUCCCGAGGACAGCAGGCCAACAGGGCCGUGAAGGGAGAGUUAUUUGCGCUUUUUGUGCUUUUCUCUUUCCGGAACUACUCCUGUAGACCACUCUUGGCCGUGUCACCAGCUUUCUCAGAAAUGGCCAUAAACAACCCCCUGUCCUCUGCAGCGUCGUUAUUUGUGGUGUAUGUGGGGUUGGAUGAAUGCCUUGGACACACUUUUCUGCCCCGUUUUGAACCCUCUGCUGAAUCCGAGGGGCUCUCUCCUGCUUCCUCUCGCCUGCUAGUUCUUUGUAAGUGAGUGAAACCGUUUUUAAAAUGUGACUCCAGGAGGAGAAAUCGCAGGCUUUUCCCCUUGAGAAACUCGAGGGUGCCCUUUGAGGUGCCACCCCCAACCUUUAAGGUAGCUAAACCAUUUUUUUUAAAGAUUCAAUGGCUUGUUCAUCCUCCAGAUGUAGCUGUUGACGUACACUUCGCAACGGAGUGUCUGAAAUUGUGGUGGUCCUGAUUUAUAGGAUUUCAAUUAAAAUAUCUGCUGAAUAAAUUUGGUUUUUGUUUUGGAA